GCUGAGGGGUAAAUAGCUCCAGUCUUCGACGUCACUCUAGAUUAACCUUCACUUCCACCUUAACUAAAUCAAACACGAUCGUCCAUGUACACACUCUCAAUCCCCCUCCUCACAAGACGCUCUCUCACCGCGAUCCGCCCGAGCAUACGACAAUUGCCUCGGCUCCACAUCUCACGCACCUUCCACGCGCGCCCUCACCUCUACGCAGCCUACAACAUGCCGCAAUCCCCCAAAAUCGUCAAGAUCGAGGAGCUUCCCGCCAGUGAAGCAAAGUGGAUCGAGUUCAAGAAAAUCUCCUGGCAAGAUCAAGUAGGCAAGUCUCGCGUCUGGGAAGCCGCUGCACGAAAGACGCGGGGCACAUCUGGUGUUGACGCAGUCGCCAUUGUCACGGUCAUCCGCCACCCAUCACGUCCACCCUCCACGAUUAUCAUUCUGCAAUACCGCCCACCAGUCGAUGCUGUGUGUGUCGAGCUUCCUGCUGGCCUGGUCGACGCGAAGGAAAGCCCGAGCGACGCAAGUGUAAGGGAGCUGCAUGAGGAGACGGGGUACAAGGGCAAGUUGAAGUUCAUCAGCCCAACAAUCGUCAGCGAUCCGGGGCUGUCCACAGCAAACAUGCAGCUGGCUAUGGUAGAAGUAGAUCUCAAGGAGGGUGACGAAGAGCCGGAGCAGGCGCUGGAUGAUGGAGAGUUUAUAGAGAGAAUUGUGGUGCCGCUGGAUGAGUUAUAUGAUCGAUUGGUCAAGUACGACCAGGAGGGUAAAACGGUGGACGCGAGGUUAUGGCAUUGGGCUGCUGGAUUCCAGGCUGCGAAGACGAUGCUAUAAGUUGGGGAAUUCUAUUGCAAGAUGGAUGGGGUGAUUAUGGCACCUCAGGGAUAGAUGAGGUUGUCGAACGAAUACAUGAAAUCAGUCGGACAUUCGGGAGAAGAGAGAUAUGACCCAAGUGGACAAUCCACAAGCACAACGAAAAAGCAAAACAAAGUUAUACAUCGUACUGGCAAAUCAUUCUGAUACACACAUCUCUAAUCUACUAACGUGAAUUUGCAUAUAGGAGAGCGUAG